AUGCAGGAACUGGGCAUCUGUCGUCCUUCGAAGAGCACGUGGGCUAGUCCACUCCAUGUAGUUCCUAAGAAAAAUGGAGAUAUAAGACCUUGUGGGGACUAUCGCCAGCUGAAUGCGAUAACAAAGCCCGUCAGAUACCCGAUUCCUCGCUUGAAUGACUUUACUUUUAUUCUCCCGGAUAAAAAUAUAUUUUCGAAAUUAGAUAUUAAUAGAAGUUAUCAUUUUAUACCUGUCGCGCUAGGUGACGUGGAGAAAACCGCUAUCAUAACACCACUUGGGCUUUUCGAGUUUCCCCGAAUGACCUUCGGUUUCAGGGGUGCAGCGCAAACCUUCCAGCGCUUUAUGGAUUCCAUUUUACAAGGGCUUGAUUUUGUCUUUUGUUAUUUAGACGAUUUACUUAUCGCUAGUGACAACGAAGUUCAACACAGGCAACAUUUAGAAAUAAUUUUUAAAAAGUUUAAUGAAUAUGGAAUUUCAAUUGAUUUGGCAAAAUGUUGUUUCGGACAAAUAAAACUAGAAUUUUUGGGACACGAAAUUAGUACUGAAGGUGUCAGGCCGUUGCAAGAUAAGGUUCAGGCAAUUGUGGAAUUUCCGAAGCCGAAAACUAUUUCAGAGCUAAGACGUUUUCUCGGCAUGGUUAAUUUUUAUCGAUCUCAUCUCCCCAGUGCUACUUUAUAUCUAACAGAAUUAAAUAAAUAUCUUAAAAGCUCAAAGAAAAAUGAUAAAACUCUUAUCGUCUGGAAUGAUAGUGCGAACGAAGCAUUUACGCAGUGUAAGGCAGGUCUCACACAGGCCGCUACAUUGACGUACCCUAGAGUGGAUUCCGCACUUGCUAUAAUGACUGACGCAUCUAAUACAUGCGUGGGAGCAGUCUUGCAACAAAAGGAAGGAGAUAUCUGGAAACCAUUGGGUUAUUUCUCAAAAAAAUUGACCACCACCCAACAGCGAUAUAGCACCUACGAUCGCGAGUUGCUCGCUAUAUACUUAGCUAUAAAACAUUUUCGGAAAUUAUUUGAAGGUCAAGAAAUAACCGUGUAUACGGACCAUAAACCUUUAACUUUAGCAUUUUGA